UUUGUUGUUCUUUGAGAAAACCGGAUCGUCUUCGAAGUUUUAUCUGGGGAAGGAAAUUUAAAAGGAAGGUGCAUUAUCUUGAGAGCAUCAAGAUACAUAUGGCUUCAUCAGAAGAAGCAGUGAAAAAUGAAAGUUCGUCCGUUCAGCCUAAUAAUAAUUCUUCGGAAACUUCGAAGCCUACACAGCAAGUAGUCACUAAUCCAAGCAAUAACACGGGAUCAUCGAAGGUAAGAGAAAUGAUUAUCCUACAGCACACUUUCUUGUUUGAAGACUUGCAAUUUUUACUUGCAAUCGAAGCAUUGUUGAAAAUCAGUGGGCGAGAAGGCGGCCACAUUAAUUGAAUUGAAAUGAUUGUUGGCUGUUCGACAGGACCGACGAGCUACUACUAACAAUAGUAAUAUGAAAGUUGUUCCCCGCUGACUUAGGGAGUCUACAUUCCGCUUAUUAUUAGCAAGUAAUGAUACACGGAAUGCGGACUUUACUAGUAGGGAAUAAUAAUUGCUACCCGGUGUAGUGAACCUUCAAAACCCAUCAAAACCUAAGCAUUGUAAAUAGAUUAUAAAUUUACGUUUUGGUACGUACACAGGGCACCCAUACAAUCCGUUUCUGUAACUGUUUGUAAUUUUAUAGUAAAUGUAUUGGAUUUAUUGGCGGCUUCCUCUGUAGUGAUUUAUCACCAGAUAUGUGCAUGAAUCCUCAGAUUGGUAUGUUGAACGAUUCCGAAGGAUUUUAAGUUUGCCUUUUACUGGGCCCCUCAAUAGGCACAGUUGAUCCACAUAUACGUAGUGAUACACCUAAUUGCAAUACAGUGUCUUUAAAAAAAAGGGAAAAAGGAAAAAGCCAAAUAGGAAUUAAUAAGGCCAAUUAAGCCACAUUCUCAGGGUGGAUUCAUUUACAGCCAUUGCAUUUCCCUGCUGGAAUUUUUUAUUGUUUUCCAGCUUUAAAACAAUAGCAAAUUCCCACAGGCAAAUACGACAUCCAUGUGCAAAUGCUUCAAAUGAAUCCAGACGUAACUAAUCGAUGAUGAAUGACAUCAAUGAGUAAUCGAUGAGUACUCGUUGGAUAAUCAAUUGGUUAGUCACUGAUUAUUCGCUAUAAUUAAUCGGUAAUUGAUGGCUAAAAAUUUUGCGGCCUAUCGAUUACUCAUCGAUGACUAAUUGAUGGCUAAAAAUUUUGUGGCCUAUCGAUUACUCAUCGAUGAUGUAAUGAUUAUCCAUUGGUUAGACAUUGAUUAUGCAUCUCAUACAAUUCUACCAAUUUUUUUUCUUAACUUAUUUCCGGUGAUAAAAAUUUACGUUAAUGGUUCUUGGCAAUAAUAAUAGCCAAAUAGGAAUUGAAUUUGCAUGUAGAAAACCAGCGAGUUACGGACAGCUCUGCUGAAAAUACUUCAACAGGCUACUUCAAAAUAAUAAAGUUUGAACAGCUGUUCAAGGAUUGGAAGAUUUCUGGUUUUCAUUCAAAAUCAGACUUACCUUUCAUCCUUCCAACAUCACACAACAGUUGUUUGUUUCUGUGUUUUAAAAUGUCUUGUGUUCAGAACAGUCACAUAGUUGCUUUCAUGGCUGCUGUAUUGUUUACAGCGGUUAUUUUUAACAAAAAUUACCCUGGGCACAUUAAAUCGACACGUGAAUACGUGAAUACAUUUGUAUAAUCAAGGUCUUGGAAUAAUUAAAGUCUCACAAAAGUCUCAUCCAAUAUUUGUUAUUAAAGGAAAGGUGUAGAUUGUUUUCACAUGAUAUCACAGUAGCCAUAUUGUUGUACAAAAUGCUGGAAUGCCGGCCAUGUUGGUGUACAGAAAAAGUCCUGUGGAGAUUGAACUCUUUUCUCUUGUAAAAACUUUUUUUCCAGCAAAUUUGUAUAGGCGCUGACCAUGUGAGUGAAAACAAACUAUUUAGGGUGUGUUCGAUUGACAGUAUUCUGGAAUAAGAAUAAAUGGAAUAAACUCUAGGAAUCAGUUGUUUUAUUCAUUGCAUUGCAUUGUCUAUAAAUACGCUUGAUUGCCAACAAGCCUCACGAAGAUAUGAGGCUGCGAUGGAGCAGCAUAAUCAAGCUGUGCGCAAAAUUUCUAUACAUACAUACAUAAAACUUUAUUUUAUCUCAAAUUACAGAGUAGCCAAAAAAAGGCCGAAUGAAUCUCAAAGCAAUGUAACAUAAGGUAGUGUAAGGUAGCUUUUAUGACGUAAUGCAGAACAGAGAAUUCAUUGUUCUUGAGUGAACACAAUCAUGCGUGAAAGUUCCAAGGCAGAAUGAAUCUCGAAGCAAUGUAAAUGAUAAAUGAUGGACAGAUGACUGACCUGCAGUCUGCAUUCUUGUAAAUUACGGUGAUUCAUGACAUUUCUAAACAAAUUGAACAGCACUCACAUUUAGGUAAAAUCUUGCUCAUUGGCACUUAGCAAUAGCUAUAAGUAGUAUAAAAUAUGUUGAUGUAUGUAGCAUUUAAGUGGUCCAAAAAUCACAGUACAACAGAUCUGUAACAAAAUUUGGAGGUAUUCCUAUUCUGGUAAUAUGCUCAAUCAAACGCAUCCUAAAAGAAUCACCUACUUCAUACCUUUUUCUAAACAGGUAAUACACAUUCAGUUUGUAAGCAUUAAAGGCAAGUAGCUAAUCGGUGUUUCCUCUUCUGUAUUUAGAAGCCAAACUACAUACUGAAGUAUACAUUAGCUGGUCAUACAAAAGCUAUUUCCUCCGUGAAGUUUAGUCCAAAUGGUGACUGGCUGGCAAGCUCUUGUAAGUUACUUGUGAUCUUGGUAAUUCUAGUAUUCUUAGGCACUGAUUUCUUUGUUUCACAAGUGGUAUUUAAUAAUUAUUAAACCUAUGUCACUACAUUUCAACUUGACUUGCUUAAUAUCAGAGAUUUUUUCUGCUGACUAUGUGUACAAUGUAUGUUGUUAGUGAUUGACUUGUGUUGGGAGAUUUAUAGCAAAUAAUUGCUUUGUGCAAAGCUAAGGAUGCUGUGGGGUGAUAUAAGAGUCUUUUCUUUACAAGUUUUGCCCUUUGAAUUUGUAAUCAAGUGGUAUUAUAUUGAACUGCUUGCUUAUAGCAUUUCAUGUGUAGACCCAAAAAGUUAGACACUUUGUAACUAGACUUCUCUGUCAUUAAUUAAUGCAUUUAUUAUUUAUUCUCAUUAGACAUUGAUUAAAAACUUGCAAAUUCUUUAGCUACUCUUUUUUUCCUAAACAGCUGCUGACAAGUACAUAAAAAUAUGGGGAGCUUAUGAUGGGAAGUUUGAGAAGACUAUAUCAGGACACAAAUUGGUAUGGCGUGUUGGUUUAUAAUUAAUUUUAAUUUAUGCCUUUAUGUUUGUGGACAGUCAUAUACUUCCUUAGUCACAAAAUCCUCAAAUAUUAAUAAAGUGUGACAUUCUUGGAACAAGUGUUGGAUUGGAGAGGCAGUGCCUUGUGUCAUGCACAGCUAAUUAUAAACUUAAAUUAAUAAUUUCAUGGUAAAUUUACUUUUGUGAACCACACUCAGUGAUAUUGAGGUAUCUGGAUCCAGAUUUCAGCUCUUGAAUCUGAAAUUUGGUUUUAGCUUCUAGUAUGCAGAUUCAGUUCCUUGCAAAUAAAUGCAGCCUACACUUUCCAGUUGUGCUGUUAGGUACAGGUACAUUUGUGACACAACUCUCAAGAAAAAUAGCACAAGAUGACCAACAAAACUCCAAAAGACCUUCCACAAUGAAACUGGAAUGACCCAUGUGAACUUGUACUCUUGACUUCUGCUGCAGAGUGUUACAUCACUUUGUGUUGUUUACAAUUAGAUGGUUAUUAAUAAAAGUGUUAUGUUAUAAAAUACUUUAAACAAUGGGUGCUUGCUUAAAAGCAUGGUGUUUAAGUUAGGAAGGAAUGAUAUUUAUUGAAAUAAAUGACACUAAAUUGGUUGAAGAGAAAGUUUUAUGAUUAACUUAAAUAGUUUGCUUUUUUUUGUUUUCAGGGAAUAUCAGAUGUAUCUUGGUCUUCAGAUUCAAAGCUGCUUGUUUCAGCAUCAGAUGAUAAAACCCUUAAAAUCUGGGAUUUUGCUACUGUAAGUUGAAGGAGGAAUACCUCUCCUUUUAGUCAACUUUGGGCUGGUUAUGGCCUAAUAUAUUUUUUGUUCAAACACAACUUAACUUAGUUAAGGCCGUAUAUACAAAAGAAGAAACAAAUUCAAUACCUGAAUGCCCGUGCUCUUCCAGUUUGUUCCAUUAUUGACAGUACCACAAAUAUCUGGCUUUUGUUUUUUCUGUCACAAAGGUUUUGUUUCUUUAGUACCACAGUUUUAAUGUACUUUGUCUCUCAAGUACCACCGCGGCAGUGUUAGCUCAGUUGGUAGAGCGUGUUGACUGCAGAGUGGGAGGUCGCGGGUUCGAUUCUUGGGGCCAGACCAAUACUCAGGGUCUUAAAAUAACUGAGAAAUGAAGGUACUCCCUUUGCACUGCAAUAGGCUAGACCUUCGCGUGGCUCGGAUGACCACGUAAAGUGGUGGUCCCGUCUCCAGUUGGAGACAUAAUAUAGUGUCCCCAAUUAGUACUUUCGUGCUAAAUACAUUGACACUCAAAUAAAAAAGUGCAUUUUUUUUACAGGCCUAAUGUACAGUGUAGAUGUGUAACAAGUCAAAAUUAAAUUCAGGUUGAAGUUGUUUAAACCUACAAUAAAUUAGGUUGAUUCCCAAUUUCCUUUGUCUCCAAGCCGUCAUUCACAAUCAACCUAGAUUAAAAAAAUUUAACCUGAAUAUAAUUUUGACCUGUAUCAUAUGUACAUGUUGGGCAGUGAGUUGAUAGGACUAUGAUAUAAGUGUAGCUUCAGUGAAAAACAAAGAUAACUCAUGUGUGAUUUGUGACUCAUCUCUUUGCUCUAUAACAUUAAUUUUGACCAAUACAUUUUCUCCUGUGAUUUUCUUCAAAUGUCAUUAUUGUUUAUCUGUGCCUCCUUUGUUAUUUGAUCAUAGGGAAAAUGUCUCAAGACUCUGAAAGGUCAUAGCAAUUAUGUAUUUUGUUGCAACUUUAAUCCUCAAUCUAACCUCAUUGUGUCAGGCUCGGUGAGUAUUGUUGUAGUCUUCAGUAUGUCCCAACUUCUUAAACAGGCAACAAACAGAACUUAGUGACCAUUGAUAUUUAAUUAUUAAACAUGUAGUAGGUUAACCAACCAGCUCUUGGAAUUUUUGUAGAUUAAAAAAUGCCCUUUGAUGCCACUUAAAGGGAGCAAAGCUACAGUUUGUUUUCUAUAUUUUUUAAAAAACUAAGAGUAUGUUUGCUCUCAUCUGUUAUGCAAACAUAAAUAUUUUUUCUUCAAAGUUUGUAUUUAUUGAAAAAUAGAAAAAAGUAAGGCAUAGUUGACCUCCUCCCUGUUAUGCUCCGCUGCACAGUGGUGUACUGAAGUAAAACAAUGUCCAACCACACUGUAAUGAGGAGGAUUUUGCCAGCCUUGAUUUUUUAUUCUUUUUGUAGUUUGAUGAGAGUGUGCGCAUUUGGGAUGUUAAGACAGGGAAAUGCUUAAAGACGCUGCCAGCUCAUUCAGAUCCUGUAACAGCGGUACUAAGACAAUAGUAUCAUUAAUUUUAAGGGCCCUCUGACCUAUCUUUUUCUUUGUUUCUAACACUCUCUCAGAACAAGUUGUUUAAUUAGCUAACAAAACAACAGAUUCAAUGUCUCUUGUCCUAAAAACCAAAGCAGGUGUAAUUCCAUGAAUGCUCACCUUGGAAUUGAAUUUGAAAAAUAGAUUCUAGACUUGAACGGUCUCAAGUCUUUUGGUAUUGUAGCUUUUGACUGUGUCGCACAGCCAUCAUUAGUAAUGAAUGCUCAGUGUUGUUACAUUAAAUAGUAGAAAUAAACCCACAUCUCAGGUGUGUUUUUAAGGUCAAUAAAAGUACAGGUUUGUGAGACCUUCCCGGCACCAUUAUUUGGUCAAGAAAAUACAGUAGUAGGUUUAACAAUGCCUGCUGUGUUGUAUUUCACAACAGGUUCAUUUCAAUAGAGAUGGUGCCUUGAUAGUUUCAAGUAGUUAUGAUGGCCUUUGGUAAGUUUCACUCAUACAGUCAAACUCUGCUCACUGGGCAAGAAAGCUCAAAAUGUUAUGUACCAAAGAAAACCUUUGGUACUUGACUGGGACAACUGGACGGGCCAUGUCAAGUGCCAUGGUUAUUGUUUUCAACUUGUUCUCUUUUUACCUGUAUUUCAUGCUGUGCUAUGACUACUGAAGACUUAUUUCUUUCUUCCUGUAUUGAUGACAACUUUAUUUGCAUAAAAAUAGAUCCAAGGCAAAAAAGAAGGAUGGGUGCAAAAAGGGUGUUAACAGAGAGGAACUGAGUCCUCAUACAAGCCUGACCCUCUCCCUAAAGAUAUAAUAUUCAAUAUGUAAACUAUGAUUUAAAAUUCUAAACUUGCUCUUUAAAGGGUAUAAUAAGCUCACUGGAUGUUUAUUGAAUGGCCUAUUUCUUCACUUGGAAACUGAAAGGAAGAGUGUAUGAGACAAAUAAUAAGUGAAACAAGCAUGUGCUUGAAGUGGAUGAUGUGGGGGUAAAGAGCCUUGCACUCCACAUAGACAAGUGUGUCUAGUUUCUUCUUUUGUAUUGUAAAAGUAUUAGAAAAUAGAUCGCUGUUUUAUGUGAGCACUGGCCUUAAUUACCUGUAGUUGGAGAUCUUUAUGUGUGUCUCUAUUGAUGAUGUCUUCUUGUUCAUUUUUUUCCAUAGUCGUAUUUGGGAUACUGCCUCUGGGCAAUGCCUCAAGACUUUAAUAGGUUAGUUUUGUGCUGUUUUAAUUAUUAUUGAGGUCAUGUCUGUUAACUAAGACUGGCUGAAUAUUAAAGUGGCUUGAAUAGUCAUGAGUAAUAAUAAUAAUAAUAAUAAUAAUAAUAAUAAUAAUAAUAAUAAUAAUAAUAAUAAUAAUAAUAAUAAUAAUAAUAAUAAUAAUAAUAAUGAGUCUUUAUUUCACCAAAAGAUAAAACUACAUAUCUUAUGUUACAAUAAGAGAAGAUAAAAACUAUGAUAAAAAUACCUACGUUAUAUGUAUAUAUUAAAAAAGUGUAUCAUUACAAUAAAUGGAGCUUAAAAAUCAACCUAUUAACAAAUGUGUUCAUAAAACGCUCUGUAUUAAUUUUUGGGCGUACGCAGCCUUUUUUCCUAAGAUUAUGUACAUACGUCUUCUGGACAGGAAUGAUAUCUUUUAGUGGGUGGCAAUCCGUUGAUAUUAAUUUCUUUAAAAUGUUUUGGUCUUGUUUAUUUAUAAGAUUCUUGAUAAAAACUGGAAAUGAAAUAAAUGAGUGGUCCUCAAUCUACAAUCUACAUGUGUGUGUAUUGUUGAAAUGUAUUAUUCACAAUGAACAACAAUAAUAAAGUUUGACCAGACUAGAAUAAUAUUAGUGGUUCAGACGUCCAGUUUUUAUACUUUUAUAAAAAAUCUGCCCCAGCACGAGUACACAAGGUUGACAAUGUUAAAAAAGGAAAAGCAUGGAUAUGACAGGUAAAAGGAAGUGUAUGAGGAGCAUUCUUAGGUUUUAGUGUGUGAAUUUAAUGUAUGAAAGUUAGAGUUAGAGACGUGGUCUUUUCCUGUGGUUUGUUGUCCUCAGUCUUAUUUCAUACUGCCCUCCUGUAAUCAGGAGUCAUUAGGGGUAAUGACUGGAUUGUUCAUGUCUUCUUCCCUUCUAGAUGAUGAUAAUCCUCCUGUGUCAUUUGUGAAGUUUUCUCCCAAUGGAAAGUACAUACUAGCAGCAACAUUAGAUAAGUAGGUUCUUCUUCAUUUUUGUUGUCCAUACUCACCGUCAUUUUCUUUGAGCGAAAGAAACUGCUUGUUAUGAAGAAGGAUGCAGAACUAGUGUCAGUAUCAAAUUGUUGAGACUUGUUCAUCAACAGGCCGUUCCCUCAUAGUUCACCCUUUUUGUGCUUCCCUAACUGAUAAUGGUAAAGAAGACGACAAACUGAAGAAAAUUAAGGUCAUGCUUUUAAUAAAAAUAUUUAUACAAUAAUAUACAUCAAAAGGAUGAUAAUGUGGCCCUGUGUUAUAGCUAAUGUUGUUACCUGCUCAGUAUUUAUGAGUGUAUUGUUACUGGUAUUUGCAGCACCUUGAAACUAUGGGAUUAUAGCAAAGGAAAGUGUCUGAAAACUUAUACUGGUCACAAGAAUNUUAUGUACAUACGUCUUCUGGACAGGAAUGAUAUCUUUUAGUGGGUGGCAAUCCGUUGAUAUUAAUUUCUUUAAAAUGUUUUGGUCUUGUUUAUUUAUAAGAUUCUUGAUAAAAACUGGAAAUGAAAUAAAUGAGUGGUCCUCAAUCUACAAUCUACAUGUGUGUGUAUUGUUGAAAUGUAUUAUUCACAAUGAACAACAAUAAUAAAGUUUGACCAGACUAGAAUAAUAUUAGUGGUUCAGACGUCCAGUUUUUAUACUUUUAUAAAAAAUCUGCCCCAGCACGAGUACACAAGGUUGACAAUGUUAAAAAAGGAAAAGCAUGGAUAUGACAGGUAAAAGGAAGUGUAUGAGGAGCAUUCUUAGGUUUUAGUGUGUGAAUUUAAUGUAUGAAAGUUAGAGUUAGAGACGUGGUCUUUUCCUGUGGUUUGUUGUCCUCAGUCUUAUUUCAUACUGCCCUCCUGUAAUCAGGAGUCAUUAGGGGUAAUGACUGGAUUGUUCAUGUCUUCUUCCCUUCUAGAUGAUGAUAAUCCUCCUGUGUCAUUUGUGAAGUUUUCUCCCAAUGGAAAGUACAUACUAGCAGCAACAUUAGAUAAGUAGGUUCUUCUUCAUUUUUGUUGUCCAUACUCACCGUCAUUUUCUUUGAGCGAAAGAAACUGCUUGUUAUGAAGAAGGAUGCAGAACUAGUGUCAGUAUCAAAUUGUUGAGACUUGUUCAUCAACAGGCCGUUCCCUCAUAGUUCACCCUUUUUGUGCUUCCCUAACUGAUAAUGGUAAAGAAGACGACAAACUGAAGAAAAUUAAGGUCAUGCUUUUAAUAAAAAUAUUUAUACAAUAAUAUACAUCAAAAGGAUGAUAAUGUGGCCCUGUGUUAUAGCUAAUGUUGUUACCUGCUCAGUAUUUAUGAGUGUAUUGUUACUGGUAUUUGCAGCACCUUGAAACUAUGGGAUUAUAGCAAAGGAAAGUGUCUGAAAACUUAUACUGGUCACAAGAAUGAAAAAUACUGUAUAUUUGCUAAUUUCUCAGUCACAGGAGGCAAGGUAACCAUUACUUUUACUCAGUUGUACCUUGGCCAGAUAAUGGCAUAUUAUCACCCCCUAAAAGUCACCAACUACUGUAAUCACAAAAAACCCAACCUUUUCAUUUGACGGUAGUUCAUUGUAGCACAGGAUAACUGAAAAGGUUUGCAUUAAAGGUUUGCAGUGCAUUUUGCAUGAAACGUGUAUUUGCAGAGUUCAAACUGGCAAUGAAAGGAAAGAUGUAGGAAUAUCAUGAAAUGUUGUUUGCAUUCAGUGAAUGCCUCUAUUUCUCCAGUAGGGGUCCCACGUGUGACUGCCUGAUAAGGAUGUCAUUCUAGUCUUAGACAAUGAUUGAUCAAAGGGGACCAAAAAAGUUAAAAAUCCCAAUUGGCAGAAUAGAAACCAGUUGGUUAUUUCCAAGUGUGGAUGAGGUAUGAACUCUGGACUUCCCAGAACAACCACAGCCAGUUUACAGAAUGGGACUAGAACCCAGAACCUCUGGAUUGUUUGUUGUUUUUCAUUUGUAUGUAAAUUCCCUAAAGUGUUCUGCUAAUAAAGCAUAAAAAUCUGUCCGACACGCUGACCACUCUGCCAUAUAAUCUCCUUAACUGAAUUCAUAUGCACAAGUUCGAUUUCAAAGAACAGUUGAGAAAUGUUAUUAAGUGUUCACCGAAAUCUGGACUGACAAAAAACUAACCUUUUUUUUACUUUAUCUGUAGAAAAUUGAAUUUGCACUUGCCUCUUUACUUGUAUUUUCAGUGGAUAGUGUCAGGAUCAGAAGAUAAUAUGGUGUAUAUUUGGAACCUGCAAUCCAAGGAAGUGGCACAGACAUUAGAGGGUCACAGUGGUAUGUGAUUUUUUUUUUGGAGGGGGAGGGGAGGGGGGGGGGGACAGAGAGGUCAAAACCUUCUGCCUCCCUUACUUUGCAUUCGCAGCUCCCGGCCUUUAUUUCUUGGUUACUUCCUUUUAGCCUUUUUUUUUUAGCGAGGUAUCAAGCGCUCCCUCUUUUCUCCCUUUUUCCAAUAUCGUGUUGUUACUUGUGGUCAGAAGUGUGUUCUGACAAACAACAUAUUUUAUUGUAGUUGGGGCUGGCAGAUCGCGGGUAGGGUGCAAUUAAGUUUGAGGGUCAGGGGCUUUGUUUUUUGUGUUUUUGGGGGGGGGGGGGGGGGGGGGGGACAGAGAGGUCCAAACCUUCUGCCUCUCUUACCUUGCAUUCGCAGCUCCCGGCUCUUAUUUCUUGGUUACCUCCUUUUAGCCUUUUUUCUUCAGCGAGGUAUCAAGCUCCCUCUCAUUUCUCCCAUUUCCCACUCCUCUAGAACUCCCACUUCUCGCUCUUUCCAUUCCCGCUUCCCGUACCUCUCCCGCUCCUUAUUCUCCCAACCUUCUGUACUCCCCUACUAAUACACUGUCUUCACAAUAGCCUUUCCACAGACGUUUUUUCUCUUUUUUUUUUGUGGGGGCGGGGGUGGGGAGGGUUUGGGAAGUGCAAGAGCAUGAGCAAAGCGCGAGUGCCCACCCCACCGUCUUGCGUUGGCGGUCAAUAUUCCCCACCCUUUGGAGCAAAUAAUAGUUUCUUAGAGACUAGUACUCGCUAUUAUGGUUGUUGUCUCAAAUACGUGGUGAAAUAAUCCCUACCCUCAUCUUCGUGAUGGCGUAUCCACAGUAUUUCUAUUUUACGAGCGGCGCAAAGGUAACUUAGUUUUUCUGUUAAAAUUGGUGUUUUGAAUUGCAGAUGUGGUCCUUUGCUCCGCUUGCCAUCCAACAGAAAACAUCAUUGCAUCUGGUGCUCUGGAAAACGACAAAACUAUAAAAAUCUGGAAAUCUGACUCAUAGCAGACUACUUGCAGAUCCCGCCGGCAUUCAUUGUUAAUAUGGAAAUAUGUACAGUCUACAGCCUCACCAAACUCAAAAUUCUUGAGAACUUCUGCAUAUAUGUUAUGUGUAGAUGCCUUUUACAUAGGACUUCUAGCAGCAGGUCUUGCUCUAGACUUUCCCUGUAUAUUAUAGGGACAUGAGGGUCUGAAAGACCGAGUUAUAUGGAAUCCCAAGUUUGGACAUUACUAAUAAGUAAUGAAAAUUACAUAAAACCAUCUUAUCCUUUUUUUGAAAGUUUAAUUAUCGAUGCUUCUGUUCUUAACCGUGUUUUCUUCACAGUUUGUGUGGUACUGCUGAAAAUAGUGAGUGUAAAGUUCAAGACAUUUUCCUCGCUUGUAAUCGAUUCAUUUAAUCUUUCAAUCGUUAUGAUUUAUUAAGCAAACAUUCUUACAGUAAGGAGAAAUUAAAUGCUGAUCGCUAUAAGGAACAGCGCAGACUGCUCCCUCUAAUAUUAGCCGGCUCAGCUCUAGGAACAGGGAGAAAUGAAAGUGCGCGGGGAACGAUGGGAAGGGGAAAGAGAGGACGUGAGGCUUGGCGAGAGU